CCUCACUUUAAAUUCCACAAGUUACACUAGCUCAGCCACAGAAAACAGACCUUAUGACUAUCGACCUUUGAAUUCCUGAACGUACUUUUGUUUUUUCACAGUUUUGAUUGAGAGCAUCCAAGGGUCGUUCAUCGCUGAGCAGGAAGGAAAGUAAGGAUUAUUCAUUUCUUCCGAUCGUUGAAGGAUGAUUGAUUAGUACGGACUCAUUAAAUUUUUUGAUACGCAUUUUUUCAACAUGUUAAAGCAUAAAUUACCGAAGGAUUGGAUUAUUGUUAACUCUAAAAGUCAUCCGGACAGAAUAUAUUAUUUCAAUGUGAAAACGAAUCAAUCUUCGUGGAUUCAACCACCAUUGGAUGACAUCAGGACUUUUUCAAUAACUAAACAUCAAGAAGAAAAACGUUGCAGUACAAUGGCAUCUAAAUAUAAUGCUAAGAAAAAGCAAACGUCUAAUCAAGGUGCAUAUGAUAAAAUUAUCGAGACUCCACAAAUGAAGGCUGUUAGAGAGAAAGCGUUGCAAAGAUUAAACAUCAAAAAUAAAUCUUUUCCCUUGUUGCCACAAGCUUCAUAUACAAAGAUAGUGGGAAAUAAGACAAAUAUCUCUCUAAGAAACUUUCCUUCAAAGUUAAAGGAUGAUAAAUCAGUGACUUCUCGGGCUAAAAAUGAUAAUGAAGGAAUAUCACAAGUACCGCUUCGUGGAAAAUUCGAGCAGAGAAGUUCAAACACAUUUAGUCUAAAUAAACCAUUAAGAAAAGAUGCUAUGGUUAAAAAACAAAAUCAGAAAACCAUAGAUCAGAAGUUAACAAAAACAUUAGACAAAAGAGAUGAAAAUAUAAGACAUCAAGAAAUUAUGAUUCGAAAUGCACAUGAUAUUGAGCAGCGUAAAAGGAAUCAAACUGUUCAGAAAUCACGUAACCAAAAUUCAAGAAAAAAAGGAGGAAAAUGGUUUUUAAAGAAAAACUUGGCACAAGAACGUAUGCAAAGACUAAGAACAAAUUUGAAUGUUGAUAAGGAAAAAAUUCAAGAAAUGUGUAAUAUUGAUUUAAUUAUCAAGAAGUCUCCUCAAAAGUUGAGCAGAAGUUCAUCUAAUUCCAACAGUUUAAGAUCAAAUGUUUAUAAAAAUGCUGACAUACGACUUAAGAGAUUACAUAACAGACUCUUAAAAGAUGCAAUAUGCGAAAGAAAUAUUAAUACAUUAAAAGAUGAUAAUUCACAAACUCAACAAAAUAAUCAAACAAAAAAAUCAAAUAAGACUGAAAAUACAACAAAGGAAAAAUUAAUAGAACGGGGCGAGCAAGAAAUUUUAUAUGAAGAAAUGGAUUGGGAACCAAUGAAAGAUGACGAAAUUGCUCUUCAGGUAGAAGUUGUCAGAACACAACUUUGUAGAGAAAAUCGUAUAGAUGAAACAAAUUGUGUGUCAGAAAAUGCUGCAGAGUUGACGCAAUCUAAUAAUACAGAAUCACACGGCAAAGGUCCACUUUACAUUGUUAUUGAUACAAAUGUAUUUUUGUCAAACCUUGCAAUUGUUGAAGAAGCGAAAGAUGCAGUAUUUAAGAAUUACCCACGUCCUUUUAUUGUAAUUCCAUGGACUGUGAUAUGUGAAUUAGAUUACUUUAAGGGUAAUGGAGUUAAUAACGAAUUAUCGAUAAAAGCCAGGAAAGCCAUAUCUUUCAUCCACAAGCAGUUUUCCUCUAAACAUCCACGUAUCAUAGGACAAACACGAGAACAGGCAGCGAAAAAUAAAGAAGAUUUUUCUCUCAAUUGCCCAGAUGAUGAGAUCCUUCAGUGUUGCUUACAAAUCUCUCAGUUACAAAAAUCAGUGGUCAUAUUAUCUUAUGACAAAAAUCUCUGUACUAAGGCGAUGAUAUAUAAUAUAUUGGCAUUGGGGCGUCAUGAUCCACUUGAAAAAAUAGAUGAUCUUGAUAUGGAUGCAGUAGUCAACCGUUUGAGUGGUGAUCCUGAUGAAAGGUCUAUUUUCAUGGAAGAAUCACAUUUGACGGAUGAUAUUUUCGAGGAUAUAAAAUUAAUUAUGAGAAACUUUUUGUCAACGAUUAUUACAAAACAAAUGUCAGAAAUUUAUGGAGAAGCGGAGUGGCAGGUAUAUGUCGUUAUAAAGCCACCGUGGACUACAGUAACUGCAUUAAAGUGUGCUAUAAAGCACUGGAUUGCUGCUAUUAGCGAAUCGUUCCAAAGACGUGCUGAACAUCUUCUCAAGGAAUUACUCAAUACUUUUGAACAUAUGCCAGUUGGUGGUCGAAAAUUGAGAGAUAUGGAAUAUAUUAUAGAAAAAUGCAGUGAUUUAGUACAAAUGGUCAACACAGAUAAGCACUAUGAUCCCCUGACAGAAACGUUUAAUGCUAUUACCGAACUCAAGAAAAAAUGUAAAAAGUAUUUCGAUAAUAUUGAUUUGAAAAAAUUACACGACCAAAUAGGCAUCGCGGAAAAUUCCCAAGAACAAGAAACGAGAGCAGAAAAAGUAUUUCAGUGUUUCCAGCACAUUUAUACUUUCGCGCGUGACUUAUGUGGUUUGGCAUGCAGCAAUGCAGGAAUGGCAUAUUCCUUUACCUUCGAUUCUGCAAAUCCAUCAGUAUCACAAGCAUGCGUACAACGUCUGCAAUCAGAAAUUACUAGAAAAGUAAUUGAUCUGACACAAAAUCUAAAUAAGUUACUGACGCAAGCUGAAAAUUCUAUAGCACAUCAGACAUUGCUUAGCUUACAGUAUGAUUUAAAUACAUUUUUGCCUGACACAAGAGAUAGAACAACAUUUGAUGUAACACCUUUGGAUAUAUAUUGUUGUGUCAAGUUAAAAGAAGAAGUAUUAAAGACUGGUUUAAGACAGCUACAAGAAUUAACUUCGCAUUUUUGUGCAUUAGCUGCUCAUACAAAGAAUGAGACGACGAAUAUUGUGAAGUAUAAUAAUACGAUUGUGCAAUAA